AUGGUCUCGACACGGUCUCAGCGGGUUCCACUCUCCUCGCUCACAGCCCUCACGCUCCACUCGAACCGCCGCACCGCCUCUCGCCGCCUCCCUCCCGUUCCGCAACUCACCUGCAAAGGCUCAGCAUGCCGCAAGUACCAGCCCGACGUCGUUCAGUGCAUCGCUGUAGGGAGCGACGGGGCGGGCGGAUUGGAGUGGAAGUGCGAAGCGGAUCUGCCGAACGGCGUGCGGUUUGGGGAGGUUGGCGUGAGUUGCGAGGGUUGGGACGGACCGGACGACCCAUACAUCGUUCGCGGUUCCUGCGGCCUGACGUACUCGCUCGUACGGUCCUCGGCACAUCUUGAAGGCGAGGGCUUUGCCUCCCUGCCGUCGUGGUCAAAGUUGUACAUGCCAGGCUCCGCCGGCUCGCUCUUCAACAGCGGCUUCAACCUGCUCUUCUCGCUCCUUACACUCUACCUCGUCGCCUCCUUCCUCGCCAAGCUCCUCACACCCCUCUGGCGCCGCUUCCGCUUCCCCGGCGCCGGUCGACCCGUCGGCGGUCCUCACACUCCCGGCGGUGGUCACGGCGGCGGAGGCGGAGGCGGAGGCGGUUCCGGUCGACCACCUUUCCCUCCAUCCGGUCCUCCUCCGCCUUACACGCCCGCGCCCAAACCCAACCCGAACGACGGCGCCCCGAACGCAGGCUGGAGACCUGGGUUCUUCACUGGUGCUGCGCUUGGAUGGGCAGCGAACGCCUUGAUGGGAUCGACGAGGCCCAGGCGGAUGGAGCCGGUCGAGUAUGGGGCGUAUCCGGGCAUGGGGGGAGGAGGGUUUUGGGGCGGAGGAGGAGGAGGAGGGGUGAGGCAGAGGGGUUGGGGGAUGGGCGGUACACCGCGUGCGAAUGUGAAGGACUGGGACAAUGACGACAGGGAUCGAGGAGUCGGCACAAGCGGGAUGAGGAGGAGUACCGGGUUUGGCGGGACGAGCGUGCGGUGA